AUGGAGGCAUUAAAGGUCAAUGUUCUCUUCAAGCACAUACAAAAGAUGCUGUCAGGAGACGUGGUUGUGAUUGCAGAGACAGGAGAUUCAUGGUUUAAUUGCCAAAAGCUUAAAUUACAACAAGGAUGUGGGUACCAGUUACAAAUGCAUUAUGCAUCGAUUGGAUGGUCAGUUGGUGCAACUCUUGGAUACGCACAGGCUGCACCGAAUAAACGGAUAAUUGCUUGCAUUGGCGAUGGGAGCUUCCAGAUGACUGCACAAGAAGUGUCAACAAUGCUACGAUGUGAACAGAGAAGCAUUAUCUUCCUAAUAAACAAUGGUGGAUACUCCACAGAAGCUCAGAUUCAUGAUGGGCCAUACAAUGAGAUCAAGAACUGGGACUACACUGGCUUGGUACAUGCAAUCCACAAUAAUGAAGGCAAGUGCUGGACGGCUAAGGUGCAUUGUGAGGAGGAAUUAGUAAUGGCUAUAGAGAUGGCAAUGGGGGAGAAGAAAACCUGCUUGUGCUUCAUAGAGGUGAUUGUUAAUAAGUACGACACGAGCAAAGAGCUCCUUAAGUUGGGUCCCAGGCUUGCUGCUGCCAAUGGCCGCCCUCCAAACCCUAAGUAA